AUGUUUUUAUUAGGUAUUUUUAUACAUUUAAGCUUUUUGUUUUCUAUUUUUGACAUAUAUUUUAAAUCUCCUGUUGUCAAAAAUGUUUUGCCUUAUGAACCACAUCACGAACCCUUAACUAAUCGUCUUAUUCUCAUUGUGGUUGACGGGCUAAGAGCGGAGACCUUUCUGAACCACUCUUUUAUGCCUUACCUCAGGUCCAUUGGAAAUUCUUAUGGGAGAUGGGGAAUUUCCAAUACACGGGUUCCUACAGAAUCCCGUCCUGGACAUGUAGCUAUAAUAGCUGGUUUUUAUGAAGACCCCUCAGCCGUGGCCAAGGGAUGGAAAGAAAAUCCUGUAGAUUUUGAUUCAGUAUUCAACAGAACAACUUAUACUUGGUGUUGGGGAACUUAUGAUAUUGUGGAUAUUUUUACUAAAGGAAUCAUUGAUGAUCACAUAUUUGUCAAUAAAUUCAAUCCCUAUGAUCAAUCUUUUAGUGCAGAUAAAAAUACAACACUCUUAGAUCAGUGGGUUUUUUAUAAUGUAAAACAGCUAUUUGAGAAGGCUCAAAUUGAUGUUGAUAUUAAAAAGAAACUACAAAAUAAUAAAAUAAUAUUAUUUCUACAUUUACUGGGCACAGAUACUGCUGGUCAUACUCAUAAGCCAAAGACUUUGAACUAUGUAACUACAGUAAAAUAUGUUGAUGAAAAUAUUAAAAAAAUUGAAAGUAUUAUUAGAGAUUUCUACAAUGAUGAUGGUAAAACAACAUUUCUUGUAACUUCUGAUCAUGGGAUGACAGAUUGGGGUUCCCAUGGUACUGGUGACAAUCAUGAGACACAAACACCAUAUAUUUUGUGGGGAGCAGGUGUGCAACAAGUUGUUGGGUUAAACAUAGACCCUAAAACCAAAAAUAUGUCUUUGGAACAUAGAUUUGACAUACAACAAGCAGAUUUAGCUCCAUUGAUGUCAACUUUUCUGUCAAUUCCUGUUCCAGUAAACUCAAUUGGUAAAUUACCAGUUGACUUAUUAAAUAUGACUUUACCAAACAAAGCUAAGGCCAUUUACAGCAAUUGUAGACAAUUAUUAUCUCAGUACAACAAAAAGAGGCUUGAUAUUGAAGAAAAUGCUUUAACGGUGUUAUAUAAGCCAUAUAAAUUACUGACUCCAGAAAGAGUUGAAGAAAUAACUGCAUUCACAGAAAAAUUAUUAGAAGAAGAACAAUACGAACAAUUGAUUUUGAUUAGUGAGGAAAUCAUUAAUCUGAGUUUAUCAGGUCUCAUGUAUUACCACAAUUAUUAUCAACAUCCUCUUUUAUUUGCAACCACUUUGUCUUUCUUAGGAUGGGUAGCAUGUCUGCUAAACAUUUUGUUAGAACAAAAAGUUCAUAUACAUGUAGAAAAUUUAGACAUGAAAAAGGGGGGUUCUUGUAAUGUAAAUUAUAAAUUAAAUAACUGGAUAAAAUCAGUAUCAACAUUUAUGAACAUAUUAACAGUUUAUCUAGUUUAUGCACAAAACUUGCCAUUUCAGUAUUAUGUAUAUUUCUUAAUGCCAAUUUUGUUAUGGACAAAAGUGUUAUUAUCAUUCAAGCAGUGGAUGUAUACAUUAAGACUGCUACAAAAUAACAGAGGUGUUUUACAAGUAAUGGCUGAAAUAACAUGCUAUGUGUUGGGGUGUUUGGCAAUGGGAUUAUCAUUUACUUACAGAUGGAUGUUAAGCUUUCCAUUACUUGGUAUGGGUCUUUGGCCAUAUUUUUCUUUAUCAAGACAUAAAUUGUCGAAAUCAUUACUGUUUUUUUGGACAAUGGGAUGCAUGUUGCUGAGCAUGUUUUCAUUCAUUCCUGUAGUUGGGAAAGAAGUUUUUAUAGAACUCGUGUUAACAGCAGGAAUUGUUUGGUUGGUAGUUAUUGUGACUUAUUCAUGGUAUAUACAACCAUUAUAUAAUAUUAGUGGAGAUUGUAAGAAAGAAACUUUAAUAGAAAUUAUACAAGCUGUGAUAUUAGCAAUUUCACUAUGUAUUAUAAAUACACAAGCAAGGAAAUUUGAUUCCGGUGCACCACUUUCUACAUUUCUGCAAAAUGUAUGUUGGAUUUUUUUAGCUAUUCUGAUGUUGUUACCGUUAACCUACUCUAGAAGAUUAGGUAAUCGACUGAUUGGUACACAUACAUCAGUUGUAAAUAUCUACUUGCUACUUUCGGUGGCACAUGAAGGCCUUUUCAUAGUUGCUCUGAUAUUUAAUACCACUUGCUGGAUGAUUAUAGAGUUUCGACUGCUUAAUUUGGGUCAUGUUAAGAUAACUGAUUACUCUUUCAGCAAAGACAACGAAGAAUUAGAAAAAAGUUUAUCAUCUAUUGAAAGAGAUAUUAGCAGUAAUGAUUUUCGUAGAGGGUUCUUUUACACCUUGUACAUUAUUUUAGCAUUUUUCGGCACAGGGAACAUUGCUUCAUUAAAUUCGUUCGAAGUGAGAUGGGUUAUUUGUUUUACAACAUCAUUUCAGCCAUUCGUCAUAACUGCCCUUAUAUUGCUUAAAACUUUGGCUCCUUUUUUGUGCGUCGGCUGCACUUUCAGAGCUGUGCAACAUAUAACCAAGGCACCAGCGGACUACUUAAACAUAAUAGUGCUCGUAUAUUCAAAUCUAAUGGGUGUUCAGUUACUGUACAACGUUAAAAAUACCGGCAGUUGGCUAGAAAUUGGAACGUCUAUAUCUCAGUUUGUAAUCGUUCAAGUUAUAACAUUAUUUAUUGUUAUAAUUAAUCAAUUAUCUAAAACGUGGACUGAGACGGAUUUGUUUAGUUUUACUGUUAAAAUGAUUAAAAAUAGAAAAAAAAAUGUUUAG